AUGCCCGUCCCCACUGCCGAUCUCUUUGACAAGCAACAAAGCCAAGCCAACUGCACGCAACCUCCGAGCUCCGCUUCACACACUGCCCCUGACCACAUCAACAACAACAGCUAUUUCGGGACCGCGCCUGGAAACUCAGCCAGCCCGUCGCAGAAUGCUGAUAGUGGUCGCUCUCUGACCAAGGAGGAGGCCGAUCGCCUGUACGAGGAGCGGAUGGAGGAUGAAUACGCGAAGAGGGAUGGCGGUGCCUAA